CGGGUGCUGGCACCCUGGGCGCCGAGCGGCCCCGAGGGGCGGGGAGUGGGUUGUCCUACCCGCCUCUUCCGUCAUCAGGAGGUCCGUGGUGCAGGCUAGGCUGCUAUGGCUGCCCGGGCCACCCGGCAUACCCGGCGCAGGGCCCGGGUCACGCCGCUGGCCGGGGCGCAGGUUCGGUCAGCGGAGGACUGGUGGUGGGAUCGGCUGGCGCCGAGCGGCUCUGGGUACCACCUGCUGCAGGCGGACAGCAUGCUGCUGGUGCUGCCCGGCCCAGGGCCCGCCCGCGCCCGCGUCCGCCUCCGCGCCGGCUUCCGCGCGCAGAGGCGCGCCCUCCGCGGAACUCAGCGACAGCGGCCCGUGGGCCCCAGUGCUGCGGCAGCAAAGCCCAAGGCCACGCCCCGGCCUGAACCGGCGUCGGCGCCCCAGCAGGAGCCGGACGCUGGCUGGGGAAACCGCGUUCCCUUGGAAAUCCUGGUGCAGAUUUUCGGGUUGCUGGUGGCGGCCGAAGGACCCGUGCCGUUCCUGGGCAGGGCUGCGCGCGUGUGCCGCCGCUGGCAGGAGGCCGCCUCCCACCCUGCGCUCUGGCACACCAUGACCCUGUCGCCCCCGCUGGCUGGCCGCCCUGCCAAGGGUGGGGUCAAGGCGGAGAAGAAGCUCCUUGCUUCCCUGGAGUGGCUUAUACCCAAUCGGUUCUCACAGCUUCAGAGGCUGACCCUUAUCCACUGGAAGUCUCAGAUACACCGUGUGUUGAAGCUGGUAGGUGAGUCCUGUCCUCGGCUCACUUUCCUCAAGCUUUCAGACUGCCACGGUGUGACCACUGACGCACUGGUCAUGCUAGCCAAAGCCUGCCAUCAGCUCCACAGCCUGGACCUGCAGCAUUCCAUGGUGGAGUCCACAGCUGUUGUGAGCUUUUUGGAAGAGGCAGGGCCCCGAAUGCGCAAGCUGUGGCUAACCUACAGCUCCCAGACCACGGCCAUCUUGGGUGCACUGCUGAGCAGUUGCUGCCCUCAGCUCCAGGUCCUGGAAGUGAGCACUGGCAUCAACCGUAAUAGCACUCCCCUCCAGCUACCUGUGGAGGCUUUGCAGAGAGGCUGCCCACAGCUGCAGGUGCUGCGGCUGUUGAACCUCGUGUGGCUGCCCAAGCCUUCUGGGAGAGGAGUGGCUCGUGGACCAGGCUUCCCCAGCCUUGAGGAGCUCUGCCUGGCCAGCUUUGCCUGCAACUUUGUGAGCAACGAGGUCCUGGGCCGCCUGCUCCACGGCUCCCCCAAGCUGCGACUGCUGGAUCUUCGAGGCUGUGCACGCAUCACACCUGCUGGCCUGCAUAAUCUCCCUUGUCAGGAGCUGGAGCAGCUUCACCUGGGCUUGUAUAGCGUGUCAGACCGGCUGACUCUAGCCAAGGAGGGCAGUCCCCUGCUGACCCAGAAGUGGUACCACACCCUGCGGGAACUGGACUUGAGUGGCCAGGGAUUCAGCGAGAAGGACCUGGAGCAGGCCCUCGCUGCCUUCUCAGGCACCCCUGGGGGCUCACACCCGGCUCUUUGCUCCCUUAACCUCAGGGGUACCCGGGUUACACCCAGCACCAUCAGAACCCGUGCGCGGCGCAACCUGGACCACUGCCCUGCCUAUUGUCUGCGACCUCUUAUUCCUUCCUGAACCGCAGCCCUGGAGAAUCUGGUCUCCCAGGUAGGAGGGCGACUGGGGACAGUGAGUGGUAGUCCCGGGACAGCCGCAGGGUUGAUGGCGUCUGCCUGCCCAGGUCCCUAAGGGCCGGGCCAGCGGCCUGCCCACAGCCUUCGGCGGCAAGCGUUUCCAGCUCUGGGCCCUGGGACUCUUCUGCACCGAGCGCCACCUAGCCCAGCGCCUCAGGAGCAACAGCUUCUACCCGUUCACACAGCAGCAGCCGGACGGUGCGCGUUGGGCGGGGCGGGGUUUGGGCGGGACUCGAGGAGGUGUCCCGGAGGCCCGAAUGGGGCGGGGCCAGGUGGGCAGGGCACUGGGCCGGCUCAGAUGUCGUGGGCGGAAUGUCACCGCUGCCCAGAGCCCUAAGCCGGCGGACUCUUCCCGGCGGAGCCCUGGCACCGCCACCCCGGCUACGGGCAGGGCCAGCAGAGCUCACGCCGCUGCGUGCCACCCCCAGUCUUCGUCCUCGAGUACUACCUGGACACGCUGUGGAAAGGGGCUCUGCUCUUCGUGGUUUGCGUGGUCCUGGUCAGCUUCAGCUCCCUAAGACAGGUUGGAGGUCCUGAGCCCUACCCCACUGCCUUCCUCCCCGAGGGAGGGACUGACGCUUGGUUCCGCUUCUGAAGCACCUCUUGCCUGCCCCGAGCACCCCGCCCCCGGCUGGAGCUGCUCAGACGGUCCCGUGGCACCCGCAGGUGCAGAAGCAGGAGACUUGGGGCUUUCUUGUGUACGGUGUGGGCGUGGGCCUGUGGCUCAUCCUGUCGUCGCUGCCGCGGCGCCGCCUGGUGCUGAACCACACGCGCGGCGUGUACCACUUCUCCAUCCAGGGCCGGACCGUGUGUCAGGGCCCCAUGCACCUGGUCUACGUGCGCCUGGCGCUCAGCUCCGACGGUGACCCCGGGGACAGGCGGGCUGGGGGAGGGUGUGCAAAGGAGAGGAAGGCUGGUGGGGUGCGGGGAGGGGUGGACAGGGCCGCUGUCCGAGCCCUGGAGGCCCUCAGCUGAGUCCACUGCCCCUCACCAGCCUACGGAAGAUGCUUUUUCCAACUGGUCCUUGGUGGCCACAAACUGGAGCCGCUGGUGCUGGUGCAGCUGUCGGAGCACUACGAGGUGAGUCCUGCCACAGGCACUGCCCUUCCUCAGGACAAAAUGAUGAUAAUCACUGUUUAAUUUCUUUGGAGGGGGCUUUUUCUGCAUGAAAAGUGUAAACAGGAGGCGGUCCUCUGUGCUGGGAGCCAGCAGAGAGGACGCCCACUGGACUACCUGCUGGGCAUACAGGCGGCUAGUAAGGGGAGAGCCCGUGUCCAGGCUGGAGCUGACCCACUCUGGCUCCCAUAGCAAAUGGAAUACCUGGGCCGUCACAUCGCUCGGAAACUCAACAUUAACUACUUCGAUUAUUUGGCCAUGUCCUACCGACAUGUGGUCCGCCACUGGCCACUCGGGGCCG